AUGAACAACAUCCUCAUCGACCCCACCACAUGCAAACUCACAGCCCUCAUCGACUUCGACUUCGCCUGCAUUGCCCAUCCCGCUCACGAGUUCCUCGUCUCGCUUCAGGAUCUAGGCGGUAAUGUAAUGGGUCCUUACGGGGAGGAUCCGACGGAGGGGAAGUUGGCGCAGGCUCUGCUUUCUGGGGGGUUUAGUGAUGGUGAUGUUCCUGGAACUUGUAUGGAUUUUAAACGCCCGGAAGCCCUGUCCAUAAGGUAG